UGAAAAUGAGUGAGUAAAACGUAUUUAAAGGUUGAUAUCAACAUUAGUUAAGGUUAAUUUCAUUGAAAACAUAAUCGAUGGAAGCAAAAAAACAGCCUUAACAUUUGUUUUAGCAUAAAGUGUUUACUUAAAUUAUUUUUUUCAUUAUUUCAGUCAAUAGCUGGUUCAGUUUCAAUUGAACAGUUGAUUAACACAUAAAGAUGCAGCUAUUCAAUUUUCAUCAAUGUUUAUUGUUUGCUUUACCCUUGUUGUUCAUUGCAAGUUGUAUCGCGUGUAACCACAACAAUAACAAUACUUCAAUCAACAAAUCAACUGAUAAGCCAAAAGGAACCCAUGAAAGGGAAGAAAUUCCCGAUUCUAAGGUAAAUGAAACAUCAACUACAACUACAACCACAACUACGACAACCACGACAACGACAACAACACCAAAGCCAUCAACAACAGCAAAAACAACGACAACAGAGGCAAAUAACUCUGACAAUCCACCAAAAGAUUCAGAUAAAGUGUUGAUAUGUUAUUACGGAUCAUGGGCUGUCUAUCGACCUGGUAAUGGUAAAUUUGCCGUUGAAAAUAUUGACCCCUUCUUGUGUACUCAUAUCAUCUAUUCAUUUGCUGGUUUGGGCAAUCAAGCAAUUAAACCCUUGGAUCCAUGGAAUGAUUUGCCCGAUAAUUAUGGUAAAGGUGCAUACAUUAGGUUUGUCAAUUUGAAAAAAGUGAAUCCAAAAUUGAAAACAUUGAUUGCCAUUGGAGGUUGGAAUGAAGGUUCAGUUAAAUAUUCAAGUAUGGCUGCUGAUCCAUCUGCGAGAUCGACCUUUGUUCAAUCAGUUUUAGCCUUUUUGGAAAAGUACAACUUUGAUGGACUCGAUGUUGAUUGGGAAUAUCCAGCUUCUCGAGGUGGUAAACCCGAAGACAGGUCAAACUUUGCCCUCUUAUUGAAGGAUCUUAAAGAAGCUUUCAAACCCAAAGGUUACCUAUUGACUGCGGCUGUUUCAGCUGGAAAAUGGAACAUUGAUCCAGCUUAUGAUGUUCCAAAAGUUUCUGAAUAUCUUGAUUACAUUAAUGUAAUGUGCUAUGAUUACCAUGGAGGCUGGGAGGACAAAACUGGUCAUAAUGCACCGUUAUAUGCAAGGCCAAGUGAAGUUGCCAAUGAAAGGUUGAAUAAUGUCAAUUUUUCAGUUAAUUAUUGGCUUUCUCAAGGAGCAUCUAAAUCAAAACUGGUCAUGGGUAUGGCAACGUACGGUCGAUCAUUCACCUUAGCAAAGGAGCAGGAUAACGGUUUAGGUGAGCCAGCGCCACAAAAAGGUCAAGCAGGACCUUAUACUAGAGAAGCCGGUUCUUUAGGAUACAACGAGAUAUGUGAAUCACAACAGAAAACAUCUUGGACUAUUGUUCGUGAUCCUCAUAUAAUGGCCCCUUAUGCUUACUCUGGUCGACAAUGGGUUGGUUAUGAUGAUGUUGAGUCCAUCAUUUUGAAAACUCGUUUGAUCAAUCAAAUGGGAUUGGCUGGAGGAAUGGUUUGGUCUCUUGAAACAGAUGACUUCCUUGGUACUUGUGGUCAAACUAAAUUCCCUUUAAUCAAAGCAAUAAAAAGUGAACUAGAAUCUGGUAACUGUUACAUUCCUGAUAUUAAAGAUGAACCCGAGAUCACCGAGAAGAAGUCUAUAACUCCAAAAGCAACAUCAACUGUUUCAUGGUCUGUAUCAACUGCUUCUCCAUCAACAGUCACAUCAUCACCAAAAACAACAACCACGACGAUGAAAACAACAACGAAAACAACCGAACCGGCCAAAAGUAAACCCUCAACAUCAAGUCCAUCGGACAAGGAAAAUGAGACGGGCAACGAGAAAGAAAUUAUUUGUAAAUCAUCUGGAAUGUUCCGUAAUCCUAAGGACUGUGCAAAGUUUUACAGAUGUGUUGAAAUGGGAACCCGAUUUUACAAAUACGAUUACAAUUGUCCAUACGAAACUGUUUUUGAUCCAGAGACUCAGAUUUGUAUUUGGCCUGAUUCAGUACCAGAAUGUCGAAACUAUUAUUCACAAAAUGAGAUUGCUGGAUCAUCUUUAAAGCGAGCUUAAAUUCAUCAACAAUUCACCAAUCAUCAUCACCAAAAAAAGGUUUCAUUGUCAUUAUCACAGUAAAUACAAUAAUUUCGAAGCGUAAUGAAAUAUUUCUCUUUGAACACAGUUAAAUCUUAUUUAAUGCAUACAACAUCAAUUGUUUUCACAUUUAAUUUUUGGACGACAAAAUCGUUUGAUUAAGCGCCAUCUGUGGUUGUCGAAGCUAAACUUUUGAAUAUUUUUGCAUUGAAUAAGAUAUUCUGUAAAUGCCAUUAUCGGAACGCUUUAUUGAUUGGUAAACUUCAUCUUCAAUUCCAAAAGUGCCAAAAUCCUAUAAUCUACUCAUGUUUACAUGAAAACACACAAACGCCGUCUGAAUUCACAUGGUGCCAAAGUAAAAGAUUAAGCCUUGAUAGUUGAUUGCUUCACUUGGCAAUAUAUUGACUCAUUUGACUAAUAAAAAUGACAAAUUGAGAAAAUUUUGUCUAAAGCGAAACAAUCAAACCAAAGGUUAAUCUUUUUGGGUUUUGUUUUAACACAAAAAAAUACAACCAGCUACAAAAAUCAAACUGCUAUUGGGAACUAAUCAAUGAUUAUUGGGUAAAUCGAAUGGAAAUCUUAUUUUAAUAAGGGUUUACCUCUUGAAAUCGACAUUAUUUUUGGGACUUUCUUCCUUAAUGGCUUCAUUAUAAUAUUCAAUUUAUUGUGUUAUUAAGUUUAUGCAACUUAUUCUGAUCUCUGUUAAAUAAUCAUCAUUAAUACACUAUUUAAUGAUCAUCAAAAAAUGAACUUAUCAAUGUUGGAUUUGCAUUUACAUUUGUAAUUUAUAUAUGCCUUUGAUAGUCUAACAGAAAAGCUAAAAGUUAAACUAAUAAAUGCUUGAUCAAAAUCAAA